UUUGAAAAUAAUAAGCCGGAAAAGGUGUCGACGCAGAUUGUUGCUGUUGUUGUCAACCGCACGUCUUGCUAAUCAAGUCUACGGCGACUUCAGACGCAACAAAGCCCGCUGGGUGACUACAAAGCAACUUUGCAAUUACGGACUCUGGCUGCUACUCUGUGAAAGUCCCAGCUUUAAGGGUGUGUGGUAAACAUCACUGUGCAGUGUGUCAGUGGGUCUGUGUAGCACCGUUUUGCAGAGUGAGUGAUGUCUUCAGAGCUGCUGGUAGAUUUGGGUGAAGACCCUGCGACUGCACAGUUAGGACAGCUGAAGCUGACCACGGUAGAGGACCAGCAGUGGCCUGCUGAUGAGUCUACUCUCAGCAAGUCAGAGACGGAUAUCUCCCAGCGCUUUGACGCUGGCUCUCCACACCUGCCCUGGGACCAUCCGUUCUAUGACAUCGCCAGGCAUCAGAUCAUUGAAGUGGCGGGUGAUGAUAACUUUGGAAGGAAGGUGAUAGUGUUUAAUGCAUGCAGAAUGCCUCCACAGCACCAACUGGACCAUCACAAGCUGCUGAUGUAUCUUAAAGGAACACUGGAUCAGUAUGUUGAAAGUGACUACACUCUGAUCUAUUUCCAUCAUGGGCUGACCAGUGAAAACAAACCCUCUCUCAGCUGGCUACGAGAUGCAUACAGAGAGUUUGACAGAAAGUAUAAGAAGAACAUCAAGGCUCUGUAUAUCGUCCAUCCAACCAUGUUCAUCAAGACUCUGCUGAUCCUCUUCAAACCAAUCAUCAGUUUUAAGUUUGGCAGGAAGAUUAACUAUGUGAGCUAUCUGAGUGAGCUGGAAGAUGUGGUGAAGUGUGAGCAGUUGCUAAUUCCUGCCCGUGUCAAAGAGUACGACAACAAGUUAAGAGCCUCUCUUAAACCAACCGUCCAGCCUCCCAUGUCUCCUCCUCACAGCCCCCCCCUCCACAGCCAGGUGUUUGGGGUGCCACUUGCAUUGCUCAGGCAGAGGAAUCCGGAUGGCGAUCCGGUUCCCGUGGUGAUGAGAGACACCAUUACCUUCCUUUGUGAACAAGGUUUGGAGAUUGAAGGGAUCUUCAGACGGUCUGCCAAUGUGACUCUGGUGAAGGAGAUCCAGCUCAGAUACAACUCAGGUGCAACAGUGAAUUUCAGGGAAAUGGAAGAUGUCCACUUGGCUGCUGUGAUUCUGAAGACAUUCCUGAGGGAACUUCCUGAGCCUCUGCUGACCUACCAGCUCUACAACGACAUUGUCAACUUCACUUCGGUAUCCAGUGACAGGCAAGUGGCACUUAUGAAGACACUGAUAGAGUCGCUGCCAGAAGAAAACUAUGCAUCACUGCGACACCUCGUCACAUUCCUGGCAAAGGUAUCCGCCAACAAUGAAGUGAAUAAGAUGACCAACAGUAACCUGGCUGUGGUGUUUGGUCCUAACCUGCUCUGGGGACGGGACAACGCCAUGUCACUCAGCGCCAUUGGGCCAAUCAACAACUUCACUAGAAUCCUGCUGGACCACCAGCAUCUGGUCUUUACCUAAACCCUGCCCCUUUACCCUGCAGUCUCUCAUCCAGUCGGAAAACACCCUUUUCCAUUAAAACACCAUACACUUUAAAAGGAUCCCGUGGACCAAUUGCAUUUCAUUUUGUCUCCCACAAGUCUUUACAUUUUGAUUGGCACAUCUUGUUGAUGACAACAGCAGUGUGGGCUGCUACUAGCUUCUGGCCAGCAUUUCCAUUUGCAUGUGACUCUAGUAAAAUGGCUGCAGACAAAUAACCCUCAAUAAAAAAUGUAGGCAGUGAUUUAUCUUAAAAGUGGCAGUUAUUCUAAAAAGUCGUGUAUCUUUGCUGCUUUGCUUUUUGUCAUUUUGAUAAGUCAACAGAGCUGCCUCAGUAUCCAGUUUUGCAACCAUUGAGUUGGAGGAAAUCACAGAAUUUGGGGACAAUUUUGUGAAAUCAAAAUCAGGGAGUGGAUCUUCACAAUUACUACUACAUAACAAAAAACAUGGAUGAUAUGAGGUGAAGAUCUGUGCCUGUGCAGGUUAUUCCAACUUGCAGAAAUAGUUAACUCCAGUGAUUACCCUUAAAAAAAGUCUGCCGACUCACAGAAGUGAGAAUGUAAAAAAUUUACAGAAUCGAAGAAGGUGGAAAUGACCUGAAAUUCAGUCUAGCUCCAAAAACACUAGAACCUUCAUUUCCCAUAAUGCAGCUUAUUAGAAUAUUUCAUCAGACCCUAGCUUCCUGGUUAACUAAGUCUUGUAAUGUAAGGCUUUCUGUUAUAAAUUUGUAGUCCAAACAUUACUUUCUCACAUUUGACACAGCUCCCCCAGACACAACUGUCAGACUGAAUAAUGAAGUGAAAGGAAAUGGCAGAUCAAUGUGCUAUAAUAAUGCUAUAAUGAACAUAAUCAGGGAGUGUAUAUUUAAGGACAUAUUUGCACUCAAGUACAAUUGAUUAUGUUGGUUCCAGUGUGAAUGCCACUGGCUGAAGUGCAGGCAACCUACAGUUCUUUCACAUAGUACAUUUCAUCACCCUAUUACACCCAACAACCCUUCAAAAAUUCCUGUC